AUGGCGCCCAAGAGCACAAACGCAAAGAAAGAGGCUGGGCGAGCCAAGAAGGCAGAGAAUGAGGCUAAGAAACAGCAGGCAGCUGCUGCGGACAAGGAACGCAAGGAGGCAGAGAAUUGGGCUGAAGGCGCAAAAUCUGGAAAGUCAAAAGAGGACAAGGAGGAGAAACGUCGGGCAGAGCUUGCCAGGAAGGCAGAGAAUGCACGGUUACUUGCAGAGGAGGAAUCGUCUCUUCCUUCCAAAGUGAAAUCGGCUCCGAAGGCUGGCACGAAGAAGACUGCAAAAGGCGUCAAGCCUGCUGGUCCUGGUGCAAUUGCUGCAGGUGGCGGGUUAGGCAGCGGAAAGGACAAGGAGAGAGAGACAGAGCAAGGCGAGGCCGAAACCUAUGCCGCUACAGGCAUCGAUAACGCACUCGACCUUCUGGAAAUCGUGACUGCGAAGAUGGACAAAGCAAGUGUUGGCCAACAAGCUGCAGGUAUCGAGAGACAUCCUGAGCGGAGAUUCAAGGUAAUCUCAUUCCAGCUCGUUGGCAGUGUACAGAUUAACCCGGCGUGUUUACAGGCAGCAUUCGAAGCGUACAAGGAGGCGGAAUUGCCGAAAGUCAAAGAAGAUCACCCCGGUUUACGCCUGCAGCAAUAUCAUGACAUCCUGUAUAAGCAAUUCCAGAAAUCACCUGAAAAUCCAUUCAAUCAGGUCACCGUCGCGUACGACGCUAGCAAAGAGGAGAGGGUCCAGGCUUUGAAAGAGAAGCAGGAGGCAGUGCAGAAACGGCUACGUGCAUGACUUGAACCUCCUGUCGUGGAGAUUAUCCAUCUUCUCAAGGGCGUGUCGUGAUGGUGGCUGUCGAAGAGAUAAGCAGUCAGAUAGAAGCGCGGGGUAGAAAGACCGCAUUGUUGUACGUCUACAGUAUAGACAUCCAGGUAUAGGGUUCCGGAUAUGAUUUUGUACAAUGCGCGGCGAUCGAAAACCAUGUACAGCACCCGGCUGGCAGUGACUGCACAGUUGGCCUUCCACAUGGAAGAGU